AUGAUAAAUGGUUUCGUAUACACGGUUGACAAACUCGCUCAAGCUACAGAAACAAUGAUUGAUAAAAUGGCUAAUUUCGGAACUAAUGCUAUAAACAAGGCGGCUGUGUUGGGAAGCAAAACAAUGGAGAAGAUGACAAAUGUUAGCAGUUCAGCGGUCAAUUCAUUGGUCAAUGUUGGCACGCAUGCGGGCACACAACUUACCGAAGUUGCCAAAGGAACAAUCGCUGAAGUGGGACAAACAACAGGAAGUCUGGGAGUGUACAUCGGAUUUGGUGUAGGCGCUGCUGUUCUUGUCGUUGUAAUGGCGAAUAAGGAGUUUCGAAUUGUUGGCCGAAAAGAAAUAUUUAUUGUUAAAUUGAACAGAAUAUUUCCUCUCAAUCAUUUCAAUUUGAUGUAUUCUAUUGAUCGUGAAUUAGGCAGCUGUGUUCAAAGAAGAAUAAUUGAUAUAAAGAAUAUGGUUAAAUUAGAAUAUGGUGUCGAUUAUGAAUGUGUCACAGUUGAAAUGUUUCUAAAUUUAUAUAAAGAUCAGCGUCCUGAAAAUAAAGUUGAAUUAUUUUGCGGGCAAAAUGUUAAAGAGUUAAUAUACAAUUAUUCAAACAGCAUACAUUUUAAAACAGAUGCAUCCAUAAAUAUGAUAAAACCGUUCACAAAUAUUUGUUUAACAUACAAGAAAGCUUUAGAUCUUCAAAUUAAAGAAAAAGUCUAUGUUUUUACAAGUGAAGCUGUACAAAAGGGAAUGAUUUAUUAUGGUGAAUGCUGUUGUGUUAAAUAUUAUCCAAAUGCAUACGUUAGGAGGAGCAGGCGUAUCAUCACAUUGGAAGCAUUAUAUGGAAAAAAAUAUUUAUAUUUAGAUGGUGAUGUCGAAUGGGGAUGUGGUAUUAGACCAGAAAUGAUAAAAGAUAAUAACAAUCCCGGCUAUUGGAAAGGUACAAUUUAUUGUGCAAAACAUCUUUGUUUGACCCGAAAUACUCACAAAAUUGUUACAGGUGACGACUAUGAUGACGUUGAAUGUAAUGUAUCAAGUGAAUUAUAUCGAUUAGAAUCACCUAUACGUGUGCUGGAACAUUUUUUCAGAACAAUCGAACGUUUUUCUCCAUUAGAAAAUGUUCCAAGGUUGUUAAUCUAUGAUAACGCCUGCGGUUUACAUAAUACAUUUUUUCGCCGUUAUAAUACAGACAUAAUAAACCAUACAGCAGCAAGUAAUAAAUUGGCAACCAUGAAAUUUGUUGUUGAUAAAUUUCAUCAUGGUAACCAUAAAAGAGAAAUGUGCAAAUAUGAAACAAAUCCUUACAAAUAUUCAGAAUUAGAUAAUAUUAACACCGAAGUAAGUGAGCAGGUAAAUGCAAAAUUAAAACAUUACAAGAAUGCUUUAUCAUCAUAUUCUGCACCCACUAGUCAGGUGUAUUAUCUCCUGCUAUUUAAGAGCCAUUAUCCCGUAGACUAACACAGAGUGUGAUUAUUGAUGUCACAGAUUUACAUGAUAUUUUUACUAGUUGUAGGUCUAUAUGUAACUAGAUAAUGAUAUAAAUAACGUCAUUUAAAACUCAUCCGUUCUCGAAUUAUAGAGAGAACAAUAGAUGGUGCU